AUGAAGGGGUAUCUUCUAAUCUCGACCGUUGAUGUGUUCAGGAGGGGUUGUAUCGAAGAAGAAGUGGUCCACGAGAACUUGCUAUUUCUGCUAAAGGACACCGAGUCAGCGCUACUCGUGGUCGCCAAUUUUUCGCAUUCCCGAUACAAGCAUCUUAUGUUGGCCGAAGGUACCUCCUCAAUCUACACGGCUGAGGUCGACGCGGGUGACCAUAAUACCCCUCUUAUUGGCAUCCAGGGCGCUGUAAGAAAGCUGCUCAGGUGGUCGUCUGCCUACCGGGAAGACAGCGGGGAUCGGAACAUCAUCUCAAUUGUUGGACCCGCUGGGGCGGGGAAGACGGCUCUCGCCAUGGAGGUGUACCACCAGCUCCAAACUGGAAGCGGGGAAGGCUACUUCCAAUGCUGCGCUACGGCCAAGGUGCCCAGUAUGCGGGAUGUACCUGAUAUAUGGAAGUUUCUCGUGCACAUCCUCUCGCAGAUUGACGAGUCGGCAGCACAGUCUGGAACCCAAUUCACCGGGUCGUUGGAUGAGCUGGAUCAGCUGGGCUUGAAAAUUAAGCAGCGCCUGCGAGAUAAGAGGUACCUCAUCGUACUUGAUGAUUUAUGGGCUAAACCAGUUUGGGAUGUCAUGAAUGAUAUUUUUCCUCGUAGCACAUAUAGCCAGAUAAUUAUAACAACACGGAUUCCAGACACAGCUUACUCAAUAUCCUCAAAUGUGCAUGAGGUUCAGCCGCUGAACAACCUACAUUCAGAAAGGCUUCUCUUGAGAAAGGCCGGCCUGGAGAAUGGUUAUCUGCCUGACAAUUUGAAACAGUCCUGUAACGAAAUCUUGAGAAGGUGUGAAGGCAUUCCAUUCUUCCUAUCUGGCAACGCUGAAUGGGCGAGUGAACAACAACAAGAGGUGCAGAAAAUCUCUAGCAUCUGCAGUCUAGAGAAAGCCCCCCAAUUGGUGAAAAAAUCUGAAGAGUUGUUUUCACCUUCAUAUGAUUCUCUUUCCUACGGAUCGAAGCUGUUGCUGUUGUAUAUGAGCAUGUUUCCGCACGGUCAUAUCUUUGACAAGGAUAGCCUCAUUAGGAAAUGUGUAGCCCAAGGGCUGGUUGAUUAUAGUGGUGAUGGCCCUCUGGCUUCUGACCUUGUUAGACUAGCUGAGAAAAAUAUUGUCGAGCUGUGCAUCCUGAAUGUUAUCAAAUCAGCAGACUGCAAACUCACUGCUCAAGUGGAGAUGAAGCAGUGGCAAGUCAAUUAUUUCAUGUUACAGUUCCUUGCAUCCAAAGCAGCUGACAAAGGUCUUGCUUGUACCAGCAGUACAAUCGCCUCAGUAGCACCAGCAGCAGGAGAAGGCAAGAAAGUACAGUGGUUGUACCUCCACCGGCCUGAUGCGGAGCUGCCAACACAGCUAAGAAAUUUCGAUUUAUCUCACUGCCGUUCACUACUGGUGUCGGGUGCAGCGAGUGAAAUUCCGUUUGAUAAGCUUAUCCAUUUAGCAGUGUUGGACCUUGAAGGUUGGCAGUGCUUUAAGGAUAUGCAACAGAAUGUUGGUACUUCGGUAUCUGAGCCUGAGGAACACAGAAGUCUAAGUGCUCCCAGCCGAGAUCAAAAAUUUGAGUAG